AUAAUUUCUCGUUCUAAAACAUUUUUUUGUUCUUUUUCUUCUUUUUCCACCACUACUGUUAUUUUAUAUUCUUUGCCGGCCACUGACUGAAUUUAUAAACUGAUAAACUAAGGUUAUCAUAAUACUGUUAACCUAAAAGUAUUCGUUGCCUGCAGAGUUAAAUAGUGUUUUAUAAAGUUAGUAUAUUAUAUAGUCGUGUUUGUGUUAGCUUGUGAAUAUUGACUUCUCUCAAAUAUAAUGUCGAUUAUACCAAGAAAAUAUGUCACUUACUUUUGUCACUCAGUUAAAAAUGCUAGGUAUUUUUCUAAAUCUUCUACAUACAAAAUGAUAUCAAACAAUUAUUGUCCUCAAGUGAAGUAACAGUAGAAAUCUUGGAAGGUAAUGAUGAAGGUAUAAUUGUAUUUGGGUUAAAUAGAUCUUCUGCCCGGAAUGCCUUGGGUAACAGUUUGACUACAGGACUUAUGAAUGCAGUUGAAAAAAUUCAUUUGGAUGCAAAUGCUCGUGUUGUAAUAUUGAGAAGUUUGGUACCGGGAGUAUUUUGUGCUGGAGCCGAUUUGAAAGAACGCAUUAAGUUAACAAAUAGUGAAGUCAGUGCUACUGUUGCUAGACUCAAUGCUUUGGCAACAGCAAUCAAAAUCGAAAGUAUUCCGGUUCCUACUAUAGCAGCAAUAGAUGGUUUGGGUGGUGGAUUGGAAAUCACCCUAGGCUGUGACAUCAGGAUAGUUUCUGAAGAUGCAAAACUUGGCUUGGUGGAAACUAAAUGGGCCAUUAUGCCUGCAGCUGGUGGAAGUCAACGAUUACCCAGAAUCAUAAAUCCUUCAAUUGCUAAAGAGCUUAUAUUUUGUGCUAGAGUUAUAGAUGGUAAUGAAGCCAAAGAUAUCGGAUUGGCCAAUUAUGUUAUGAAACAGAACUCUUCAUCUGAUGCUGCCUUUCAGAAAGCAUUGGUCAUUGCUCGGAAAAUUCUUGUGAAUGGUCCGUUAGGUGUGAGAAAUGCUAAGAUUUCAAUCAAUCGAGGUUUAGAAACCGAUAUCUUAACAGGUUGUAAAAUAGAGCAGCUUUGCUAUGCUCAAGUGAUCCCCACCAAGGAUCGUAUUGAAGGCCUCACAGCUUUUAAAGAGAACAGACCACCAAAAUACAAAGGGGAAUAAAAUUACCAUAAGAUGUAAUUUAUUCUUUAUCGUGGUUGAGAUACUCUGAAAGUUAAAUUUCUGCCUAAGAAUUAUAUAAAAAUGUAGGGAUAUUUUAAAUUCUACAUUGUCUAUGUUAAUGGGUAUAGCACCUUGUGGCUUGCCUUUUUCACAAUUUUUCAAAGAUUUUGUUUUAUAAUCAUAAAACUUCCUUGUACCUACCUAUUUGGCAUUGUAAGCCUAUAUACAAAUUUUUGAGCUUAAAGUGAAGUUUGUAAUUUUAAUAUGAAAUAUCUCAUAGUAGAUUAGCCUAUUUAAUUAUAUUAGAAAAGGGCUGCAGUUCCGUAUCGGGCCACCAAUCGAAUGAUAAAAUUAAAUUCAAAUAAUUAUUUCGAUAUAUUUUUACCAUCAUAAGUAAAAACACAAAAAUAACAUAAAUUUCAACAGAAUAUAUGAAAACAAGGCAAUUUUAUAUUUUCUGUUUGAAUGUUAAAUAUAACUAUUUAAAUUAUCUAUUGAAAACAAUAAUUUGACUAUGUUUUUGUAAAUUUUUUUUAAUGCACGGCACUGAAAACUACAUUUGCAUUGUUUCAAGAGCAAAAUUUGGUUACAAAAGUGAACCAAGAAGAGCUGAAUGUAAGGAGGACAUGAAAGUGAGAGACAAAAG